AUGUCAUCAUGUCCUUCACUCCGCGUUACACUGCUGCGCUGGCAAUCACAUGACAAUCAACCCAAUCAACCCGAGCCAACAACUGAAGUCGACCAUCAUCCGGGUAACGGGGCCGACCGUCCAUGGUACAGGCCGAUGUCAUUGCAAGGCACACCAGGCACCUCAGGCACCUCUCCCAAGCCCGCAGCCGAUCGACCCGUCCACGUCCCUCGCCUCAUAUCACCUGCCACGCAUGCGACAUGUGCGAAUGCACAAGCAUAUGCAGCGUCGGCAAAUGCAGCCACAAACCUAUCCAUCUCCCACCGCAAGGAGGACCCUGAAAGGAUCCAGACCCUUCGCGAACGCCACCCUGUCCUGGAGCUGUGA